AUGGAAGAACACAAUGGCUCUGCAGAGACUCCCCCACUGAGCCAAGGGCGGCACAGUGCCAUUAAAUGUGGGUGGCUGCGGAAGCAAGGAGGCUUUGUCAAGACCUGGCACACACGCUGGUUUGUUCUCAAGGGUGACCAGCUUUACUAUUUCAAAGAUGAAGAUGAAGCCAAGCCCUUGGGUACCAUCUUUCUGCCUGGCAACAGAGUAAUUGAGCAUCCUUGCAAUGAAGAAAGUCCGGGAAAGUUCCUUUUUGAAGUUGUUCCAGGAGGAGACCGAGAGCGGAUGACAGCUAAUCAUGAGACAUACCUUCUUAUGGCGAGCACACAGAGUGACAUGGAGGAUUGGGUGAAAUCCAUUCGCAGGGUUAUAUGGGCACCAUUUGGAGGAGGUAUUUUUGGCCAGAAGCUGGAAGAUACUGUCCGAUACGAAAAGCGAUAUGGGAACCGCCUGGCUCCUAUGUUGGUGGAACAGUGCGUGGAUUUUAUCCGACAGCGGGGGCUAAAGGAAGAAGGCCUUUUUCGACUGCCUGGGCAGGCUAAUCUUGUCAAGGAGUUACAGGAUGCAUUUGACUGUGGAGAGAAGCCUUCUUUUGACAGCAAUACAGAUGUGCACACGGUGGCAUCACUGCUUAAGCUGUACCUAAGGGAACUCCCAGAACCAGUCAUACCAUACGCAAAAUACGAAGAUUUUCUUUCCUGUGCCAAAAUGCUCAGCAAGGAGGAAGAAACGGGCCUGAAAGAACUGGUGAAGCAAGUGAAGAGCCUGCCAGCUGUCAAUUAUAAUCUGCUGAAAUAUAUCUGUAGAUUCCUUGAUGAAGUCCAGUCUUAUUCGGGUGUAAACAAAAUGAGUGUGCAAAAUCUGGCUACUGUUUUUGGCCCCAACAUCCUUCGCCCCAAAGUAGAAGAUCCUCUGACUAUCAUGGAGGGUACAGUAGUAGUUCAGCAGCUAAUGUCAGUGAUGAUUAGCAAACAUGAAGAGCUGUUUCCCAAGGAUGCAGAUCCUCAGAUGGGACCCGAGGUAUACAACAAUAACAAUGAAAUGCCGAAGAAAGCGAUUGCGGGGCAGCUACAGAACAAAGAGAACAACAACACCAAGGAAACAGCAGUGAGGCGCUGUUCUUGGGACAAACCUGAGUCUCCCCAAAGGGGAAGCAUGGACAAUGAGUCUCCGACUGCUCUGCCAGGCAGCAAGACAAAUAGCCCCAGGAACAGCAUCCAGAAACUAGAUGUCACCAGAAGCCCACCACUCAUGGUGAAAAAAAAUCCUGCUUUUAAUAAAGGCAGUGGCAUAGUCACCAAUGGGUCCUUCAGCAGUUCUGUGGAGGGCCCUGAGAAGAGCCAGACCUUACCAAACUGUACCCUGCAAACCAGGAGAACGUCGUCCCUGAAAGGACCGGUGACUAAGAUGGGCACACACAGCGUGCAGAAUGGAGGUGUGCGGAUGGGUGUUUCUAGCACAGAUGGACACAGCAACACCCUCAGCAGCCGGACCCCAGGCUGGGUGCCCAAUGGCUACGUCACACUGAGGGACAACAAGCAGAAGGAGUCGGUGAGUGAGUCAGGCCAGCACAACAGGCUUUCCACCUAUGACAAUGUCCACCAGCAGUUCUCUAUGGUGAACUCUGAUGACAAACAGAGUGUGGACAGUGCCACCUGGUCAACAUCCUCUUGUGAAAUAUCCCUCCCUGAGAACUCCAACUCCUGCCGUUCAUCCACCACCACCUGCCCUGAGCAGGACUUUUAUGCGGGUAACUUUGAAGACUCUGUGCUGGAUGGACCACCACAUGAAGACCUCUCUAACCCAGGUGACUAUGAGAACAAAAGUGACAGAAGAAGCGUGGGGGGCCACAGCAGCCGAGCCACCAGCAGCAGCGAUAACAGUGAAACAUUUGUGGCCAACAGUACUAACAAUCACAGUGCUUUGCACAGCCUGGUGUCCAGCUUGAAGCAAGAGAUGGCCAAGCAAAAACUAGAGUAUGAGACGAGGAUAAAAAGCCUGGAGCAGAGAAAUCUCACCCUGGAGACGGAAAUGAUGGCCCUGCAUGAAGAACUGGAUCAAGAGCGGAAGAAGUUCACAAUGGUAGAAAUCAAAAUGCGUAAUGCAGAACGCGCCAAGGAAGAUGCAGAGAAGAGGAAUGAUAUGUUGCAGAAGGAAAUGGAGCAGUUUUUCUCCACUUUUGGAGAACUGACAGUGGAGUCUCGCAGACCAGAAAGAGGCAACACCAUCUGGAUCCAGUGAGCAUUGGAAGCAUAGACUGUGGGACUCUGGGGAAGGGCUUGGGGGUAUUAUACUGUAUCAGGUGGCUGGUCACCUGUCUGAGGCUAGUACUCAACAUAAUGUUAUAAACCCUUGAAGGAAGAAAUCGUACAGACAUUAACCACUCGUAUCUACAGUGUGUACUUAUCAAGUUAUACUCUUUGAAUGCUUCAUGAGACUACUGUCAAGUGUUACAACUGGAUACGUGUAUAUAAAUUUAAAAAAACUCACCUUAGAGAGCCAGAGAUGUAUCUCAAGAAAUAUUUUAAUGCAAGUCUUGUAUUUAAACAGGUAAAUUGAAAUGUUGCAAUCAAGCUUUAUAUCAAGGCUUUUCUCCCUUGCACUUAACAUAAUAAGCUAUUUUUGGCAUUGUGUUACCAUCAGCUUAUUUUGUAUAUCAAAUGUUCUUUGUUUUUGUUUUUUUUGUUACCCCUCUUGCUGGGGAGUGGAGAUAAACAGAUAUGUUAAGGUA